GUUGCGCGCUGGGUGGUGCUGAAAUCUAGUGCAGCUUCACGCGUGAUUGGCAAACCUGACAGUGAUUGACGUGUGUCCAUGGCAACCAGGCAGCCAAUCUGUCAAGUCCAAUAGAAUAUCGGCAGCAGGGGCUAAAUGUUCUUUUAUUUUGCUCCCCAGAAAACACCUUGCUUCCAGUUGUUUAUGCUCGCACUCAAUCAAAAAAGAGAUUUUGGCGAUUUUAGCACCGCUCCUCGGGUCGUUUCGUGACACGGAUGUUAACUUUUGCCGUUUUCUGACAGACACCCUGAACAAAAAGACGGACGGGACAGAAGAGGAGCAGGACCAGACAGAAGGACCAAAAGAAGAGAGAGAUAACAGUCUCCAUGUUCCAGCUACCCAUCUUGAAUUUCAGCCCCCAGCAGGUCGCGGGGGUAUGCGAGACGCUCGAGGAGAGCGGCGACGUGGAGAGGCUCGGUCGCUUCCUCUGGUCACUCCCGGUGGCGCCGUCCGCCUGCGAAGUCCUCGGGAAGAACGAGUCUGUCCUGCGCGCGCGCGCUGUCGUGGCCUUUCACGGAGGUAACUUCAGCGAGCUCUACCACAUACUAGAGAACCACAAAUUCACCAAGGACUCACACGCGAAGCUGCAGGCGCUCUGGCUCGAGGCGCACUACCAGGAGGCUGAGAAACUCCGUGGGCGUCCGUUAGGACCAGUGGACAAGUACCGCGUCCGAAAGAAGUUUCCACUGCCUCGGACGAUAUGGGACGGCGAACAGAAAACGCACUGCUUCAAGGAGAGGACGCGGCAUCGAUUGAGAGAUUGGUACCUGCAGGACCCUUACCCGAACCCGAGCAAAAAAAGAGAGCUGGCGCAGGCGACUGGACUCACGCCCACACAAGUGGGCAACUGGUUCAAAAACCGAAGGCAGAGAGACCGCGCUGCAGCAGCCAAGAACAGGCUACAGCAGCAGGUUAUGUCCGUUGGCUCAGACCGAUCGCUGGGGGACGAUGACACCACAGUAGACCGACUGGAUCCUGCCUCAAGCCCAGAUGUCAGUCUCUCGAGCAAGGCCGCCAUCUCCGUCACCUCCAGCGACAGUGAAUGUGACGUCUAACGUGACAGGCUUCAAAAGAGCAAACAGGAGAACUGUAGAUACAAUCUAACAACAACGACAAAAACUUGAGUGCCUGCAACCAGCCAGAGAGAGGCCUAAAUGAAGGAUGGAAAAAAGUCACACAACUUCAUUUUCCAUUCGUUGAUGUGAUCAACAAACAGGCGCAGUACUUCUCACGAAGAGAGGUGGGAGUUUAAAAAAAAAAAAAAUUUCAAUGUAUGUGGGCCGAACCUGGUAGGCUAUUGUAAUGUGUGCGUGCUUUAUCAUGAAAGACUGAAUAAUAUGUUAAUGUUCACAUGUCUUUUUUAAUAUAUAAAUAUGUUUAUUUACUUAUUUAAAUAUCAUUUUCCACUAGGCCUUUUAUUUGUGUGCUUUUUUAUUAUUAUUUUUGUUGUGCAUAUUGCUGCGCGUCGUGAAAUUUCUGGGGAAAAAAUAACCAUGAUUAAAAAAAAUAAAAUCACUGUUA